AUGCCGGACUAUGUCAGAAUUGAAGAAGUUUCCCAUGUCCAUCAACAGAUCGAUCACACAUCGCAGCGUCGGCAGCAUCGAGGUUUAUUGAACCGGUUCAUGAGAUUUCAAGGGCUCGGAUGGCUCACCGCAGCCACACAAUUACAACCUGGACAGCCUGCGGUGAGGACCCUGAUGCACAGGCCACCUGGUUGUGAGUGCCUGUGCAGACGCCAGCAGUUUGUCAUAAUCGAAGAUCCUUUUGCGAAUCUUGGCAUCACAAAGUGUACCCCGUCGAUCAUCAUCGUUUUUUCUCCAUUUGCUUUGCGGAGGCUGCAUCCGUUGCGAGCUCAGGGUGAGGAGAUACGUUGCGCUCUCACUUGUUUAACUGCGUGUGGACUUGGGAUGGAAGAGCUAAGGCACACAGACGCGAAGGUGUACGCUGCUACUCACCCAGGCGUGCGGGCUAGAGGACAUGCUAAUCGAUGCAAUCCACGGUUGAGGUGGAAACUAUGCAGGUGGAAUCCGAUGAACAAGUUCCGACUGGCCAAGUACAAGGCAAGGCACCCUGUGGAAUUCCAGAGAACCAGAGCUCGGAGCCGGUUUGAUUACGUCAAUCCACUCACUUACAUUCGCCGAAUCCAACACAAUCUCACUCACGCUGGUCGGAGACACCACUCCACCACGUAUUGAUUAGAGCAUGUGAAUUCCAAGCUAUGAAUGAUACUCUGAUUUACAACACUUCAGGAGCUGGAAGAAGAGAUUCUGUAGCCUUCUGUUAUUUUAGACCUGAGAGUGCUUUGAAGACCAUGUCAAUGUUGCGGUGUAGAGGUUGCACAGAUAUGUAGAUAUCUCGCUUUAUUUUAUUUUAUUUUUGUGAAUGAGGUAUAUGUAUUCGGCACAUAGCAUUAUUCUUGGCUGAUCACUUUGUAAGACGAGCUGAUGGGAAACAACUUAUUGUAAGAAAAAAAUGAAAAUGACAGUUUAAGUUUUUUCUAUUAU